AUGGAAGUCAUGGACGAGGGUCUUCCCAAUGACGGCGGCGAGCAUCAUCAGCAGGCUGUCUCGCGGCCCCGCGUCACCAACGCCUGCGAAGCAUGCAGGGCGGCCAAGGUCAAGUGUCAAGGCAGCGUCCAUCAGCUGGGCAUUUGCAAGCGAUGCCUCGACUCCAAGCGAGAGUGCAUCUUCAAGACGGGCCCCCGCACCCGGCGGCCUAGACAGCCACGGCGAACCAACUCCUCUUCCUCCCAACAGCAGCAGCUGCUAUCACAGGAGCAGCAGCAGCAGAGGCCCCACAUGCCUCCACUGCCAGGCCCUUCCAAAACCUUCACCAUCGACGUCCACAUGCCCGAGGACGUCGAGGUGGCUAUCAAUAUGGAGGAGCUCCGCCUCAACCACGAGGGCUUCAUCGAGCGCCUCGUGCCCGAGUCGCUGUUUCAAGAUGACCACACCGAUUAUUACCCGCAGGGCCAGUAUCACGACUUUGAAACGAAUACCGAGGCUCGACUAAGCGGGUCCGGCGGCUCGGUUGCUUCCCACGCCUCGUCAUUGCCCCUGGGUGCAUCUGCCUUGUCGACGCCCCCGAACUCCUUCAUCCCGUCCUCGUCGAGGACGACGGGAGACGGAGGAAGCGGUAGUGGUAGUGGCGGCGGCGGCGGCAGCGGUGGUGCCAAAAUGCGCACCCUCGCCAGCCUCGGCCUCCAGCCGCAGUUCAACCUCGACUCCGCCGCGGGCCUGCUGGCUAUGUUUCGCGAUGUCAUGCUCGAUAACUUUCCUUGCGUCCUCAUCUCUACGGACGCGACGGUAGCGGGAUUUGCUAAGGAUCGCCCGUUUCUCCUCCUUUCUGUCUUGUCUGCAGCAAGCAGUAGUCGGACUAUUCACGGCCACAGCUUAUACGACGAAGAAUUCCGGAAGAUUUUGGGCCUCAAGUUCGUUGCCGGUGGCGAUAGGAGCAUUGAGCUGCUUCAAGGCUUGAAUGUUUACGUUGCGUGGUAUCCUUUCCACCUCAGACCGAAGAACAAGCAGGCUUUCCAAUAUAUUCGCAUGAUUGUUGACAUUGUCACCGACCUGGAGCUUGACCAAGACCCUGGCACUGAUAAAGUCGGUGUAGCACCCAGUUCUGAACGACUCAGCGAGAUCAGGACGUACCUGGCAAGUUACUACCUGGCAUCCAGCUUUUCUUCAUGUUGGGCCCGAACCCGCACGAUGGGCUACACAAACUACACUGCCAAAUGCUGCGAUAUCAUCGAAGCGCAUGGCAAUGGAAGAGGUGAUGUCAACCUUGCGUGGCAAGCGCGUUUGCUGCGGAUCGUCGAAGAGACGAACGAGCUGCGAAGUAUCAAGAAAGGACGCACCCAGAGCGACCAGCAGAUCGAGCUCAUGAUGAAGGGAAUGGAAUCACAGUUGGCCGAGUGGGAGGCAAAGAUGUCGCCUGAAGUGGCGUCCACGAUAUCCAUCCGCGUCGCAUUUAGCUUUGCCCGCAUCUUUCUCGCAGGCGCCGGCCUACUCAUGACAGGAAGCCCGAAAGCGCAAAAGACCGUGUCGGUCACGUUCCACACAGAGCCACACCGACUUGUGUCCAUCAUCCCAGCCCUGAUUUCCAUAUGGGACUAUAUAUUAGGCCUCUCACCCGCAGAGCUAAGCUCAUGCACGGGGAUACACUGGUGUAUCUACAUACUGACUAUCAUUUUCGGGUUUCGGUUGUCAUUCCCGUUGCCAGUUUGUCCGGAUUGGGAUGAUGCUGAAGCGCGUCGCCAGUUACGCUUUGGUGAAUACAUUGACCGGUUCUGCCGAAUUGGGAUCGCUGUGCAAGAUGGAAACACCAAGGCCGGAAAGAAAGUCGAUAGCGAGGAGGCCGGCAAGAGCAAAGCUCCCCAGAUGGACGCCCUAGCUGCCAGCAGGGUAGUACUCGACGUGGUGAGGACAAAGUACCACAAUCGCGUCGCUAGAGUCGAGCGUCCACCAACGGAACCGGCGUCUCUGACAGCGGAGCAGCAGGCUGCGUUCGCCGCCGCGCAUCCCGGCUUCGCCUCGUCGAACAUGCAGGUCGACUCUACCGUGGGAGGCUGUCCCAUGUUUGACGGUAGCCUCGAGACGAACUACCCGCAAUUUUGGGACGACACAUUACGGCUACGCCCGACGGUGCUGCCCCGGGAUGGCAAGGUCAAGUUCAAGGGCAAGGUCAAGGUCAAGGUCAAGGGCAAGGUCAAGGGCAAGGGCAAAGUCAAGGCCAGAGCGGAGAGCCGGAGUCGGAUUAUCCCCAGACAGGCUGCGAGCGCCGGCCGUCGCCAACAGCGACACCGCGAGCACCUGGACCCGCCCGUGUACGCUACGGCGUGGCUUGAAAACGAGGUUGGUUGA